AUGCAAGAGUCUGAAGCGUCUCGAAUUGGUCGAUUGGCCGAACGUGUUGCCGAAGCUUCUAUUAAUUCGCAGAAGCUAGUCGAUGAAUACGACCGUCCAAAUACCUAUACCCAAUCUUACUAUUUGCAAGACGAGGGACGCCCAUAUGCUUUCAACAGCUUCACUUGUACCAACUCUUACUUUAAGGGACGUGCAGGAGGUUCUGGAAGCUCGUUCAAGAGCUGCCGCUAUUACUCGGAUCAAGCAAAGGCUCGCCGAGAUGCUGUUGCCGAAACCGCUGCAGCAGAAAGCUCUUAA